AUGGAGGCUCAAAUUGAUGAACCAGAGACGAUGAUUCUAGAGAUCAACUUGAUCUCAGCACAAGGGUUGAAGAUUCCUCCAUCGGCUAUGAUGCGACGUAUGCACACCUACGCUCUCGCAUGGGUGAAUUCAAACACCAAACUCUGUAGCGAUCUUGAUUGCGUCGGUGGCGAAAACCCUACGUGGAACGAAAAGUUCAUAUUCCGAGUUUCUCAGGAUUUCGUCAAAGGCGACACCUCCGCCGUUCAAUUCCAUAUCUACGCCGUCGGAUACAUUCGGGACUACUUUAUCGGCACCGUUCGUUACCUGUUAAGCAGCAGCCCUAAUUACACCCCCAAAUCCGGCCCGACGAUCGACGUUCCAGCUUUCUCCGCCCUGCACAUCCGUCGUCCUUCCGGUAGAGUUUGCGGCAUUCUUAACAUCGCUGCAACCGUUCACAACAGCUCCGAUUUCGCUUCCUUGACCGGAAUCUCCGCCAUCUGUUUCCGUGACCUAAUGGGAAAACACAACAAAAUCUUCAAUCAAUCACGGCAAGUCUCACGGCGUCUCAACCAUGUCGGAGUCAAAAGUAACGAGCAAUCUUCUGAACCGGAAUCUUGCAAUUCAUCGUGUGAAGAGUCGGUUUGUUUUUCCGAUGACACGGAGUCGAUAGCCUCUAACUCGUCGUGUUCUACCACCGUAACGGCGUUUAGCGACAGUAACGGCGUCAGAUCAAAUCUUAUAGUGGCGGGAAAGAAAGAACGGAAAUCGGACGGUGCUAGUUUGUUGUGUGGGUUGACGUUGCAGAGAAGAUCUGGUCUGUCAGAUCAGAAUAUUGAAACGGACGGUCAAGAUUUGGAUUAA